AUGUCAAUGAGCAAAACAAACUGUGGAUACUCGACCAUCACCUCAGAGCAAUACGGUGAUACCGUCUUACCUCUCGCUCCAUCGGCCGGUCUCCGAAGAGAAUCUCUCAUUAGGGAUAGAAGCCCGUACCACACUUUAGUCCCCGGUGCAUACCUAGUUGGGCCACGCGAAUGCCAGGCCAAUACGAAAUUCGUCGCCGAGAAAGGUCUAGCCAAGGGGAGAUUCUCCACCUUGGAAAAGGGAUCCAGUUAA